GGGCGGCGGGCGCGCUCCCUGCGGCCCGGGAUGACUUCUCCGGGCUCCCCUCUGGCGCCUCUGCUGCUGCUCUCUCUGCACGGUGUUGCAGCUUCCUUGGAGGUCUCAGAGAGCCCUGGGAGCAUCCAGGUGGCCCGGGGUCAGACAGCUGUCCUGCCCUGUACUUUCACUACCAGCGCUGCCCUCCUUAACCUCAAUGUCAUUUGGAUGGUCAUUCCGCUCUCCAAUGCUAACCAACCUGAACAGGUCAUUCUGUAUCAAGGUGGACAGAUGUUUGAUGGUUCCCCCCGGUUCCAUGGUAGGGUAGGAUUUACAGGCACCAUGCCAGCCACCAAUGUCUCUAUCUUUAUUAAUAACACACAGCUCUCAGAUACAGGCACCUACCAAUGUUUGGUCAACAACCUUCCAGAUAGAGGGGGCAGGAACAUUGGGGUCACCGGUCUCACAGUUUUAGUUCCCCCUUCCGCCCCACACUGCCAAAUCCAAGGAUCCCAGGAUAUCGGCAGCGAUGUCAUCCUGCUCUGCAGCUCAGAGGAAGGCAUUCCUCGACCAACUUACCUUUGGGAGAAAUUAGACAAUACCCUCAAACUACCUCCAACAGCCACUCAGGACCAGGUGCAGGGAACAGUCACCAUCCGGAACAUCAGCGCUUUGUCUUCAGGUUUAUACCAGUGUGUGGCUUCCAAUGCCAUUGGGACCAGCACCUGUCUUUUGGAUCUCCAGGUUAUUUCACCCCAGCCCAGAAGCAUUGGAGUAAUAGCUGGAGCCAUUGGCACUGGUGCUGUUAUUAUCAUUUUUUGCAUUGCACUAAUUUUAGGGGCUUUCUUUUACUGGAGAAACAAAAAUAAAGAGGAGGAGGAGGAAGAAAUCCCUAAUGAAAUAAGAGAGGAUGAUCUUCCACCUAAAUGUUCUUCUGCCAAAGCCUUCCACACUGAGGUAUCCUCCUCAGAGAACAACACACUGACCUCUUCUAAUACCUACAAUGGCCGAUACUGGAGCAACAAGCCCAAAGUUCACAGGAACACAGAGUCCUUCAACCACUUCAGUGACUUGCGCCAGUCUUUCUCUCUCCACUCGGGCAAUGCCACUGUACCUUCCAUAUAUGCUAACGGGAGCCACCUGGCCCCAGCUCCACACAAGACUCUGGUAGUGACAGCCAACAGAGGGUCGUCACCGCAGGUCAUGUCCAGGAGCAACGGCUCGGUCAGCAGGAAUCCUCGGCCUCCGCACAUACACUCUUAUACCGUGAGCCAAGCAACCCUGGAGCGAAUUGGUGCAGUCCCCGUGAUGGUGCCAGCCCAGAGUCGGGCCGGGUCCCUGGUAUAGGAUAUGAGUGCAGAGACAGAGAAGAAUCGGGGGAUGCCCGCAUGCAAGGGGGCAGGUGGGGUGGGAGAGUGCUAGGAAGGAUCCACUUGCCUGAUCAUGAUACUAGUAAAAAGCACAAAGAAGCAGGCAUUGAGUGGCCUGGUCACUGAGCUUUGGGAAAUGAACUGAAAUGCGCCAUCACGAAGACUUGUUUUUCCACCGCCCUGUCCUAGGGUUCUGUUCACAAAGCUGGAUCUCAAAGAUGUGCCAAAAGCCAAGAAAAAAAGAUAAAAGAGCAGGAUAGCACUUAAAAUCGCAACUGCAGCCCAGAGGGGCUUGUUCUUUAAUUCAUGCCUAACUUAAUAUUUUUCCAAGAGACUAAAGUGCCAGAUGGAAUUUAAAUAAUGAAAUUAUUUAAAAAGAUAGGUGUCUUUAGAAAAAAUAAGGAACGAUCCUGUGAUUUGUUCUGCCUCUUUCCAUUCCUUCUUUGUAUGGAGGGUUUGAUGGCAUAAAUGGUUAAUGUUGGUCAUAACAGGGUUGGCUCUUGUAUCAUAGAAUCAGAACUUUUUACACAAACAAAAUUCAGUAAGAAAUGGGGGAAAAACAAAAGUACAUCUUUGAGAAACCCUUUCAUAUUUAUUUAUUUAUCUCUUCCUGAACCAUAAAUUUCAUAUUUGGAAUAUUACUAUAUUGACAGAUUCUUGCCUGUCUGCAUUUUUUCUAGGGUCUGUUAUAGGUCCAUGACAGAUGCUGUUCAUUAUUUCCUGGAAAACAUUUUUUUUUUUUAAAGAAAAUGUGGUUUUUAGUAAAAAGAUACAAGAGACACUGGGCCACGAAAGAAAAGAUGCUUGUUACUUCUGUGAUUGUGUUCCUGGAGCCCCACAGGAGAUCCAUCCUGAAAGAGCAGGGUCAUGUGGGCAGCACAGGGCGGGCGGGAAGGCAGGUGGAAGGGGCUUUGGCAUUCUGGGCAGCCCCUGUGCAGGGCUGUUCAGGCCUCCCCCAAUAUCACACUAGCUUCCUCCUAAUGAGGCAGUACCUGAUGCCUUUCAUUUGUCAGUAGAUGACUUUCUCCUUGUUUGACAAGUAAAUGUUAGUGGGUUGUUACAGGGAGCACAGGGGUUGUUUUGUUUUCAAAGUAAUUAUUUUCACAAGAGAUAAGAUUGAGACAAAAGGUAUGUCUUAAGGUAUGCUCCUGGGAGAACUGCCCUAUAUUUGUCACAGCUCAGGUUUGCAAUUUUGCUCAAAUGCAUUUUACACCACUAUAAAAAGACUCCUUUUUUGAUGAGUUAUCUGGCUUGGAUGGCCGUGCAUUCACCAGAUAUUUUACAAAAUCCUCACUCUAUUUUGUGCAUUGUAGAUCUCGUCAAACUUGUUUUGGUGAAUAUCUCUUCUAAGUCACACAUUAAGCAAUGUACAAAUGAUUUCUUCCCAGAUUUGUUUCCCAAAUUGUUUACAACAUUGAACCUGAUAAUGAUUUGAAAAGAGCGGCUUCCACACCCCCCCACCCCCCCACCCCCAGAAUUGUCUCACACUCACUCUUCCCACUGUGCUUUUUGCCCUCAUUCCUGCAAGCACAGUUAUCACAGGGAGUGGCCUCCUGAUUUUCACUUAUUGGAAUAAACAGAAACCAUCAGCUGCUGCAUGUGCUAUUUUUCUCAGAGGGCUAAACUCAGAACCUAACCAUUGCAGCCAUCCCAAUAUUGAUGGAAAGCUGAAUUUCCUUUAGUAUUACUUAUUUUCUCCACUUGAUGGUUCUUGACUUUGUAAAAAUUUAAAUAAAUGAAUGUCUAUACUUUUUAUAAACAAAAGUGAAAAUACUAUGAACAGAAAAAAUGCUACUAUCAGAUGUUAUUUAGAAAGCAUUUAUCUUGCAUU